AGGCAGGCAAGAAACAGGGAAUUGGUUUGCUAUUGGGUAGGAAACCACAGUGCCUGUCAGCCCCUCCUUCCUUCACUCAAGUAAGAUGUUCUAAACACCUACUCUGGGCCAGGCUCUGGUGAUACAGAAGAAAAGACAGUCUCCAGUUUCAAACAGUCCCUGCUGGGAGAACACAGACAGGCCGAGGAUUACAACACAAGGCAGCAAACACUGGGAGACCAAAGUUUUGGCGUCUGUCCCCUGGCUGAGCCACGAUGGGCGACUGGAGCUUCCUGGGAGAGUUCCUGGAGGAGGUACACAAGCACUCCACCGUGGUAGGCAAGGUCUGGCUCACUGUCCUCUUCAUAUUCCGCAUGCUCGUGCUGGGCACAGCUGCUGAGUCUUCCUGGGGGGACGAGCAGGCUGAUUUCCGCUGCGAUACGAUUCAGCCUGGCUGCCAGAACGUGUGCUACGACCAGGCUUUCCCCAUCUCCCACAUUCGCUUCUGGGUGCUGCAGAUCAUCUUUGUCUCCACGCCCUCCCUGGUGUACAUGGGCCACGCCAUGCACACGGUGCGCAUGCAGGAGAAGCGCAGGCUGCGGGAGGCCGAGAAGGCCAGAGAGGGCGGCGGCUCCGGCUCCUACGAGUACCCGGUGGCCGAGAAGGCAGAGCCGUCCUGCUGGGAGGAAGGGAACGGGAGGAUCGUGCUGCAGGGCACUCUGCUCCACACCUACGUGUGCAGCAUCCUGAUCCGCACCACCAUGGAGGUGGGCUUCAUCGUGGGCCAGUACCUCAUCUACGGAGUUUUCCUGACCACCCUGCACGUCUGCCGCAGGAGCCCCUGUCCCCACCCAGUCAACUGCUACGUAUCCCGACCCACGGAGAAGAAUGUCUUCAUCGUCUUUAUGCUGGCUGUGGCUGCGCUGUCCCUCUUCCUUAGCCUGGCCGAACUCUACCACCUGGGCUGGAAGAAGAUCAGACAGCGAUGCGUCAAGUCGCGGCAGGACAUGGCUAAGUGCCAGCUCUCCGGCCCCUCUGCGAGCACAGUCCAGAGGUGCACACCACCCCCUGACUUCAACCAGUGCCUGCAGAGCGGCCCUGGGGGGAAAUUCUUCAAUUCCUUCAGCAAUAAUAUGGCCUCCCAACAAAACACAGACAACCUGGCCGCUGAGCAAGUGCGAGGCCAGGAGCAGACUCCUGAGAAAGGUUUCAUCCAGGUUCCUUAUGACCAGAAGCCUGAGCUGCCCAACGGGGUCUCACCGGGUCACCGCCUCCCCCAUGGCUACCACAGCGACAAGCGACGUCUUAGUAAGGCCAGCAGCAAGGCCAGGUCAGAUGACCUAUCAGUGUGACCCUCCUUCAUGGGAGGACCAGGACCAGAUGGGAACAAAGGAGGCUCAGAGAGGAAAGAUGUGUCCCUUCUGACGUUUCCUCAGUCAUCAUUGCUUAGUUCCUUUGGGCCCCAGGUCUCAAUGACAUUGCUCGUCAAUUCUAGAAUCUAUAACCACGGCUCUGGGAUAAUAAGAGAUGUGACUACCCACCCAGACCGCAGUUCCCUCCCCACCCUCUACCCAGCAUAAUCAAUGAAGCCUUUCGGAUUAGUCAAGAAACAGGGUAGAGGAAGGGAAGGGAAGCAUGGCAGAAGCUAGCCUGGAAGCUAGCCUCUGGCUAGAGGGAGAGAAUGACUCUCUCUCUGCAUACCAGCCACAUACCAGAUGAGUUCUCUAAGUUCCUACCCUUCCCCCCUCGACCCGAUCACCCGCGCUCCUCCAAGGAAGAGCUCCAAGUUCCUGGCCAAUAGAGAGCAUGUAUCAAGGAACUUGCAAUAGACAUGUUCUUGAAUCUGUUGUCUCCAUAGACCAUUCCUUGCAGUAGUGGUGAGAUGGCCUUGGGCUGCCCUUGGCUUCUCCUUCCUCUACUCCAUCUUUAAAAGGGCUUCUUGGAACUUCACCGGCAGCCUCAACUUUACAAGUGCCUUGGUAUGUACCUCUGGCAGAUGUCCCGCCCUGGUGAUGUUGCAACCUUUCCUUCUGCCAGAGUGUACAGCCAGCCUGUGAAGGUGUCAGCUCUGCUGUGGAGUCACUGUACACACAAACUCCACUGGAAUUCCUGCCACCACCUGUCAUCCUGCAGCUCCUUUACAGUUCAAUCCAAUGACAGAAACCAUCCCUUCCCUUUCUUUCUCCCUUGGCUGUUCACCAGCCAUUCCCUAAAGGCCUUAUCGACAGGAAUACCCAGGAAGCCGUUGUCCUCUCUCGAACCCCAACCAGAUCACCAGCCACUGAGGCCAAUGGAAUUUCCCCAGGUCUUGUUAAAACAAAGAAAGCAUUGUGCUUCUCGGAUUCCCCUUGUGGAAAAAAAAAUUCUGCUGUGAAGAUGAAAACAAAAAAGGAGAGAAAACACUGGAAAACUAUUUUCUCCUAUUUACUUCCUUCACUGCCAACUUAGUGCCAAGAGGAGGUGUGAUGACAGCUAUGGAGGCCCCCAGAGUUCUCUCUCCCUGGAGGCUUUAGCAGGGGCAUGGAAAUAGUAGGGGAAUCUCCAGCUCACUUGGCAGGGCCUUUAUUUAAAGAGCACAGAGAUUCCUAUGCCUCCCUAGUGCCCGUAAUGAGACUGUCACGUGGGGGCUGCAGAAAAGCCUUGCCUUCCCCAAGGACUGGCCUGGUUUCUGUAUUCACUGGAUCUAUAAUGGGUUGCUGUUGUUUUGGAUGAAGGUAAAGGAUGCUUGGAAUUGGAUAUUGAACUUAUAGAAAGAUUAUUACAUUAUUAAAAUGCACAUGCAUGCGCGUGUGUGUGUGUAUGUGUGUGUGCGUGCGUGUGCGCUAAGAUGGGUAAAGGGGAGGGAAGUCGUGAAAUAAGGAAAGGAAAUCACACAGGAACUUGUGUCUUCUCUGGCUGCCUGGCAGAGGGGCUGAGUCUCACUGUCUUGGUGUUAUUAACCUAAACAGAUAGGCAUGGGAGGCUGGGACGGAGGAGGGUAAAGGCUCAGAGGGAGGUUGAAUCUCUGACUCACCAGCCCUCUGCUGCUAUUUGGAUGCUAUGGUUGAGUGAAAGGAAAAUGAGAGUAGAGGAGUGGAGGAAAGUGACCAGGAUGCCAUUCGGGAAGGAAUGUCUGAUCAUUCCAGGUCCCUGGAGGGGACACCUUUUAAUCUAUUUCCCGGCAUUCAUAUUCUCUCUCCUUCUAUCUCUGAAAUGUUUUAUGAAAUGAGUGUUCUUGAAUUAGAAAUUCUGUGGGAUCAAUCUUUCCUGGUGAGGCUUUUAUAAAGGAAAAAGAAAAUAAAAUGUGUAAUUUGUCUUAAUAAAAUCGAUCUCUCUCUCUUUCACUGUCCGCUUCAUGCUGUGACUGUAAGGGAAGGAUGGCAGACUUGGUGGGCAGGGGCACUUGGACUAUACCCACCAGUAAGCCAGUAAUGCAAAGAGCUUUGAAGUCAGGCAUGCUCAUGCAAGGGUUAAAAUUCCAGUUGCUAACUUACAUCUGGACUCCAGCAAGACAAUUUCUGAGGCUUGGUCUUCUCUUCUGUAAAUUGGGCCCUAUUAAUAUCUACCUCAUAGUGCCGUUAACUGAGCUGUUAACUACCUCAUAGGGCUGUUAACUGAGUUGCCUGUGAAGAGUUCAGCAGAGUGCUUGGGAAAUAACAGUCACUACGUGGUAAUUGUUGUUAUUAUCUGAUUGUUUUUGUUAUUAUUUUGAAUACACCACAGUAUUUGGAAAUGGAAUGUUGAGGGAUGAUUCCAGAACUUCCGUUUAUCAAGCCUACAAUCUGCCUAGUGUGAUCAGAUUAACUCACAUUAUUCUCUUUUAACAAUUAGAAUAAAAUUAAACAGGAA